AUGCCAGGAGGAUCUUCUAAUGGAGGUCGUAGCGGCAACCGAAACAAUGGCAAAAGAACAGAAUCAAAGCAAAUUCUAGAACUUCGCUCUGUAUGUCCCGACCACAAGAAAGGGGACUUUGACCAACUCGUUAAACAAUUCAAAGGCGACGAAGCGAAAAUCCAGCAGAAGAUCCAAGAAUGGUGGGAAGAACCUCAUAAGCCCCAAGAAGAAAAAUGGGAGGACGUUAAUAGAAACAAAUCGGCCGCCAAACAAAAAAGCGGCGGAAAUUAUCGUGGCGGAGGACGCGAUCGUGACCGUGGUGGACGUUCUAGCAAUGGCGAAGGGCGUGGCCGCGGUGGUCGUGGAAGAGGAGGACGUGGUCGCGGAGAUAGAAAGUUUCGCGAUGGUCCUCCUCCCCACAAACAAAACAGAGAAGGACAACAGCAACCUGCUCAAAGGGACGAAACCAACAAGAAGGAUUUUGCCGACCAGCAGGCUCCCCAGCAGAGAGUUGGUGUUCCAAAGCCAGUGACCAAUGCUCCACCUCCCAAGGGUGCUUGGGGCAGGGCUCUUGGAGGAGGGCAAGCUGCUCCUGGUCCUGGACCAACAUCUCCCGCUUCCCCUGAGAAACCUGCCGAAAAUCAACAGCCAAUUAAUGCUCUGCCACAGCCAACUAAAAAAGAAGCAGCUGUAGCUCCAGUUGAAAAAAUGGAAGUUGGCGUUGUCACUAAAAAUGAUCCCACCCCAUCUGGAUUCGCUCCUCCUGUGACAGACAACAAGACUGCUCAGCGUGCUUUGCCUGUUUCUGGAAAUGUCUGGGCAACCAAGGGAUCAGCUCAUCUAAUCCAAGCCGAAAAACAGCCGCCUGCUCCUAUUGCGCCAACACCGGCGCCUGUGACGCCUUUAGUGCAGCCUGUGGUUCCUGGCCAAACAUCGGUUGCUGCUUCCUCCGCGCCUAUGGAAAUGCCUGUUGUGGAAGAACUACCAGAGCCGCCAGCUCCCGAGCCAGUUGUGGAAGAAGAGCCUAUUGUGGAAAUGCCUUUGGUAGAGGAUUCAGUUGUAUCUACGUUGGAGACGGGUCUCCCACCGGCCGUGGCUAACACUGCAAGUGCAUGGGGAAGUGAACCUCCUCCGGUAGAGGAUCCAGAGCCAGCACCUGUCCUAGACAUUCCGCCCUCACCGGAGGCUGUUGUGAAGGCUUCUCCACUGAACACUUCCAUGGCUCCUCCUGCUCCACCUGUGCCACCAGUUCCGGUUGUAGAAGAACCCGCACCGUCCCCUCCCAAGCCACAACCCCCAGCACCCGCUCCCAAGCCACCAAGACCAGCACCUUCCAAUGUUCUCAAUAUGGGACACUGGGAUGCCGGAGACAAUGACGAUUCUCAAAAUUUGGAUUUUGGUUUUGGCUUCGGAACAGAGACCGAUGUCGCAGCAACCAUUGAACCUGUGACAGCUGCUGCGCCACCAGUUCCCGAAGAACCAGCUCCGGCUCCAACGACGACCUCAACUCCCCCAACCACAACUGCAGCGGCGCCUCCACAGGCAGCCACUGCAGCUCCACCGGCUGUUUCGCCCGCGAGGCCCCCACCAGGACUUUCUAUUGGAGGCAUGCCACCAAUGCCAACCAACGCCGUAUUGGUGCACGAAUUGGAAACUAGUUUGGAAAAUACUGCUCUGAGCGCUCCCAAGCCAGAACCAGCACCCCCUGCACCUCAAGAAAAACCAAUUACCAAUCCUCUCCCACCUCAGCCUGCCACGCAAGUUCCUGCCGUACCAACAGGAGCGACAGCGGCUGUGCUUCCCGGGGGACAAAAUUACAACCAAUACGGAAUGCCUGGAAUGUACAAUUACAAUGCACCUGGAAGCGGCUUUGUGGGAGUUCAUGCCCCAGCGGGUCCUUUCUUGGCAGGCGUUGGGGUGAUUCCCCAGCAACAGCCACCCAAGGUCGGAGCAAACUCGCCGCAACCAGGAGCAGCCCCAGGUGGACCAAGCCCCAACGUCCCUCAAGCCGGUGGGCUUUAUGGUCACCAUGCUUCGGCUCCGUCGUCAGGAAACGCCCCAGACACUACGAACACCACAACCGACACCACUGUAAGUAAUGCGACUACCACCAACAGUGCCGCUCCAGCCCCUCCAGGAAUGCCACCAGGCAUGCCUGGUAUGCCACCAUACAAUCCAGCAUUGUACUAUGGCCAACAACCGUUCCACCUGGGACAGCAGCAUGGCGGUAUGGGUUACAAUUACGGUUACGGACAAUUUGGAGGAGUCCAAGGAAACUUUGGAUAUCAACAAGUGAUGGGACAGGGUGGAGGAUAUGGUGCUCCUCAUUAUGGCGAUGACCAGCAUCAACCAGGACCCCCGCAUCAAGGCCACCAAGGAAAUUCCCACUCCCACCACUCUGGUGGCUCUGGAGGCUAUCAGAACAAGAGCGGAGGUGGGUACCGUGGACGAAACCACAACUCGCACCACAACAACAAUCACAACCAGUACCAGAAUCAGUACAAUCCCCCACAGCACGGAGGCUACGGCGGUCAACCCUACGGAAUGGGACACUACAACGAUCACUUCAAUCAACGCAGUGGAUAUGGUCACGCGAACAUGGGCGACAUGUACAGCAUGCAGCAGCAACAGCAGCAGCAACAAGGAAUCCAUUCUGGAGGUGGCGGUGGCGGAUUCCAAGAUGACAAUGACAACCACAACAAAGGUCGCAGGGGCGGAAACAACCGCAACAAUAACAACAAUAGCUUGAAUCAGUUCCAGGGCGGCCCUCACGCACAGCUAUCUGGCGGGCAGCAGCAGCAGCCAUUCGGUCUUCAGGGCCACACCAAUGAUUCCGCCCAAACCGCAACUGGAGGAGGCUGGUCGAACAAUAACCAAGGUGGUGGUGGUGGUGGAUGGAGCGGAGGUGCAUCCAGCUGGCAGCAGGGCAACUAG